CCAUUUUGUUUGUUUGCUUGCGUGCUAACGGUGGAGUUGGUGGUCCUUUGGGCUGCUCAUGGCGAGGAAGUGACGGAGAAAUUUGUAGCGCUCCUUUUCCCUUCAUCAGGUCAGCUUUUGUCGAGAGGAAAAAGUGCAAGCUGGGACAUGCUCUUGAACAAAAGGUAGUUGAGACAUACAGUAGGAGCUGUCAACAGUGAUCUUCAAUGAAGCACUCAAAACGAGCUUAUUACUCUGAAGAGGAUGAUAGAGGAGAAGAAGAAAAGAUUACAAAUAGCCAAAAGGUUAGGAAGAAGUCUCAUAGCAGUGAAAGAAAUUACAAACACUAUAAAUCACUUAAAACUGCAGACAGUAACUACUUGGAUGGUAGAUCCACACAUGAGAGAGACCAUCAUGACCGAAGAUAUGUUGAGGAAUAUCGAAAUGACUUCUGUGAUGUAGAUGACCAUAAGCAUUAUCACAGACAUUAUGAAAAGAGUCAUUGCCAUCAUUAUACCAAAUCUUCUGGUCGAAGUGGGAAAAAGAAUCAUAAAAGAAAGCAUAAGAAACAUGAUCCCAGUUACAGCUUACAUUCGAAGACCCACCGAAGGAAAAGAUCCAGGAGUGUAGAGGAUGAUGAGGAGGGUCACCUGGUCUGUCAAAGUGGAGACGUACUAAGAGCAAGAUAUGAAGUUAUUGCUACUUUAGGGGAAGGCGCUUUUGGGAAAGUCGUAGAAUGCAUUGAUCAUCACAUGAGACAGAUGCAUGUAGCUAUAAAAAUUGUAAAAAGUGUUGGUAGAUACCGAGAAGCAGCUCGUUCAGAAAUACAGGUAUUGGAGCAUUUAAAUACCUUGGAUCCUGGUAGCACAUUUCGUUGUGUACAGAUGUUGGAAUGGUUUGAACAUCAUGGUCAUGUCUGCAUUGUAUUUGAACUGCUGGGACUCAGUACUUAUGAUUUUAUUAAAGAAAAUAGCUUUUUGCCGUUUUCUAUUGAACUGAUUAGGAAGAUGGCUUAUCAGAUUUGUCAAUCCAUAAACUUCUUACAUCACAAUAAGUUGACUCAUACAGAUUUGAAACCUGAAAAUAUUUUAUUUGUAGAGUCUGAUUAUAUAGUAAAGUAUAAUUCUAAAAUGAGGCGAGAUGAACGCACCCUGAAAAACACAGAUAUUAAAGUUGUAGAUUUUGGUAGUGCAACAUAUGAUAAUGAACAUCACAGCACUUUAGUGUCUACACGCCAUUAUAGAGCACCUGAAGUUAUACUUGCACUUGGUUGGUCUCAACCCUGUGACGUCUGGAGUAUAGGCUGCAUUCUGAUUGAAUAUUAUCUUGGCUUCACUGUCUUCCAGACACAUGAUAGUAAGGAACACCUGGCAAUGAUGGAGAGGAUACUUGGGCCUUUACCAGUACACAUGAUUAAAAAAUCACGGAAAUGUUACUUCCAUCAUAACCAACUGGACUGGGAUGAACAUAGUUCUGCAGGCCGUUAUGUUAGGAGACGAUGCAAACCACUAAAGGAAUUUAUGCAUUGUCAUGAUAAAGACCAUGAAAGUUUUUUUGACCUUAUCUGCAAGAUGUUAGAAUAUGAUCCAGCCAAGAGAAUAACUCUAGAUGAAGCCUUGGAGCAUCACUUCUUUGAUGCCCUAAAAGAUAGGUAGCUUUUCUUAUCUUCCUUGAAGGAGAUGAUAUGGACGAUGUCUGUCAACAUCUAUUGUGAGAUGUUGUAAAUAAUGAAUUAUUUUGUACAGUUGUUUCUGUCAAUAUAACCGUAUGUUUCUAUCCUGAUACUGUUGUGUCUAUCUGGUUGAACAGUUACAGUCUUGAUCAUGGAUACUAUCAUGUAAACAUUAAAUAAA